AUGUUUAGAUUCACAGCACGCCUUCCACAGGCCCUCCCACGCCUCGCCAGGCUUCCGGUCGUCCGCCCCGCCAUUGCUUUUCCCAGAAUCGCCCAAAAACCGUAUUCCAUCUCCACAAGCGGUGAAAACGUCUCGCUCAAGAUUGACAACAUCCUGGACCACGAAUACUCGUCUUUGGUAAACACAUAUCUCGAGCUGUUGAGCGAUUCUUUGGAGGAGCUUCUGGAGGACUACCCACAGAUCGAUGCCGAGCUCAAUCACGGCGUCAUGACGCUUUCGGUGGCUCCAGGCAAGACCUAUGUGAUCAAUAAGCAGCCUCCUAACAAGCAGAUCUGGCUUAGUAGCCCUGUGAGCGGGCCCAAGCGGUACGAUUUGAUCAAGGGGAAGUGGACGACGUUGAGGGACGGAAGUGAGUUGACGAAGUUGUUGGUUGAGGAGUUGAGCGAGGAGUUGGGGGUUGAAGUUGAGUUGGAGGUGGAAGAGUGA